AUGGCGGACCCAAGGACAAUCCACCAACCAAUCCACCCCUCCGUCCGCGCCAAGCUGGACCCGGAAUACGUCGCCCUCCACGAUUCCAUCAUCCAGUACAUGGAACCUUCCGAAGCCCGGCCCUGGGAUCCCGCUUCGCGAUAUCCCCGGCGAGGAGAUCCAGGUGCGCGCGGCUGGCCGUGCUUGGUCUGGCUUCACGGCGGCGGGUGGGUGAAUGGUGGGUUGGAUAGCGAGAAUGGCUUCUUGACGCAUGUUUGUAAAUAUGUAAAGUGCGUCGUCGUCACGAUAAACUACCGCCACGCCCCGGAACACGUCUACCCAGCCGCCGUAGACGACUGCCUCACAGGCCUGAAAUGGCUCUACGACCCCUCCAACGCCUCCCGUCUGGGCAUCAACACAUCCCUCAUCACCAUCGGCGGUCUCUCAGCAGGCGGCAACCUCGCCGCAAUUCUAACAAUGAACCUCACCCUCUCCCCCACCCUCGUCUCCCCGCCACCAAUCUCCCAGCUCCUAAUCUGCCCCGUAAUCGACUCAACCGCAACCGCUUCGACAGGCUGGUCCGCCACCCGCCACGUCCCCUGGCUAACACCCACCCGCAUGGGCUGGUACCAAGACCUCUACUUCGCCCGCGGCGACCUCGACAAGAAGCAGUGGCAGGCCUCGCCGUGCUUCGCCCCGCGCGAGCUGUUGGCCAAGAGUCCGAAGACGUGGCUCGCUGUUGCGGGCGUGGAUUUGUUAACGACGGAGGGGUUGGCGUAUGCGGACCUGCUAAAGGAGAAUGGGGUGGAGGUUGAGAGUGCGGUGUACGAGGGGGCGACGCAUUCUGUGCUUGUGCUUGCUGGUGUGCACCAGAUUAGCAGGAAACUCGUCCACGAUGCGUGUGCCGUGCUGGCAAAGGGCUUUGGGACCUCGUACAAUCCUGCGGCGGCUCCUAUUCUUUCCCAGGAUGAGUAA